UCUCUUCUCUCUGUCGGAGAGCUGAAAAGGGGAAACAAGGAGAGCACAAGACAGAAAAAGAUUUGGAAGCAAAGAAAGAAGUUUUUUUUAAUCAAAAUCAAAUCGGAAGAUUCAAAACCAAGAAAACGAAGAAGAAGCGAAAGGAAAAUCGAAGAAAAAAGGUGAAAAAUGAUGAUGAAAUUCUUCAGAGGGAAGGACAAUUCCUCCGAUUCCUCUCCCCUGUCGGUCUCUCCGUCGUCGUCGUCAUCGUCGGCGGCUCUGGCGACCGGACCGGCGAGGCCGAUUCGGCUGGUCUACUGCGACGAGAAGGGAAAGUUUCGGAUGGAUCCGGAGGCGGUCGCGACGCUCCAGCUUGUGAAGGGGCCGAUCGGCGUGGUUUCCGUCUGCGGCCGGGCUCGCCAGGGCAAGAGCUUCAUUCUCAAUCAGCUUCUUGGGAGGAGUAGUGGAUUUCAAGUAGCGUCGACCCAUCGGCCAUGUACCAAGGGGCUUUGGUUGUGGAGUGCACCUUUGAAGAGAACUGCUCUUGAUGGGACAGAGUACAAUCUUUUACUAUUAGAUAGCGAAGGCAUCGAUGCUUAUGAUCAAACGGGAACGUACAGCACUCAAAUAUUUUCCUUAGCUGUGCUCUUAUCCAGCAUGUUCAUUUACAAUCAGAUGGGUGCCAUUGAUGAAUCUGCACUGGAUCGUCUCUCUCUUGUCACACAAAUGACGAAGCAUAUCCGUGUUAAAGCCUCUGGAGGAAGAAGUUCAGCUUCCGAACUUGGGCAGUUUUCCCCUAUAUUUGUCUGGCUUCUAAGGGACUUUUAUUUGAAUCUAGAAGAACGUGAUCAAAGGAUAACGCCCCGUGACUAUCUAGAGCUUGCUUUGAAGCCGGUUUCAGGUAGAGGAAAAGACGUAGCAGCCAAAAAUGAGAUUCGUGAGGCCAUCCAAGCUUUAUUUCCAGACAGAGAAUGUUUCACCCUUGUGCGGCCUUUGAACAAUGAAAAUGAUCUCCAGCGACUUGAUCAAAUAUCAUUGGACAAACUAAGGCCUGAAUUUAGAUCCGGUCUUGAUGCAUUGACGAAGUUUGUGUUUGAAAGAACAAGGCCUAAGCAAGUUGGGGCAACUGUAAUGACUGGUCCAAUUCUUGUUGGUAUCACGGAAUCUUAUCUUGAUGCUCUCAAUAAGGGUGCAGUCCCUGCAAUAUCUUCUUCAUGGCAGAAUGUUGAAGAAACCGAGUGCCGGAGAGCUUAUGAUUCUGCAACUGAGGUGUACAUGUCUGCCUUUGACUGUUCUAAGCCUCCAGAAGAAGCUGCAUUGAGGGAAGCUCAUGAAGAAGCCGUCCAUAAAGCAUUGGCUACUUUUGAUUCUGCUGCUGUCGGAAUUGGUCCAGUGAGAAAGAAAUAUGAGGGGACUUUGCAUAAAUUCUUCAGAAAGGCAUUUGAGGAUUAUAAGAGAAAUGCAUAUAUGGAGGCUGAGUUGCAAUGUUCAAACGCUAUACAAGGGAUGGAAAGGAAGCUGAGAACUGCUUGCCAUGCUACUGAUGCUAAUAUUAACAAUAUUGUGAAGGUCUUGGAUGGUCUCAUAUCUGAUUAUGAAGCAUCAUGUCAUGGUCCGGGAAAAUCUCAGAAACUGGUCAUGUUCUUACAGAAGAGUUUGGAAGGUCCCAUACUUGACCUCACCAAGAGAUUAAUUGAUCAAGUUGGAUCAGAGAAGAAUGCAUUGCUCUUGAAAUGCCGAUCAAUUGAAGAUAAGUUGGGAUUACUUAACAAGCAGCUUGAAGCUAGUGAGAAGUCCAAGUCGGAAUAUUUGAAACGUUAUGAGGAUGCAUUCAGUGACAAGAAAAAGCUAGCUGAUGAAUACAUGAGCCGCAUAACAAACUUACAGAGUAAUUGCAGUUCAUUGGGUGAGAGGUGUUCUAGGUUAUUAAAGUCGUUGGAUUCCUCCAAGCAAGAGUCUCUCGAAUGGAAAAGAAAAUAUGAACAGGUCUUGUCAAAGCAGAAAGCUGAGGAAGAUCAAGCAAGUUCUGAAAUUGCAGUUCUCAAGUCCCGCAGCAGUGCAGCUGAAGCGAGGCUGGCUGCUGCUCGAGAACAAGUUCAGUCUGCUCAAGAGGAGGCAGAGGAGUGGAAACGGAAGUUUGACAUUGCUUUCAGAGAAGCAAAAGCUGCAUUAGAGAAGGCUGCAACUGUUCAAGAACGCACAAGUAAAGAAACACAAAAGAGAGAAGAUGCUCUUAGGGAAGAAUUUGCAAGCAGUUUGGCUGAGAAGGAAGAAGAAAUAAAGGAUAAGGCAGCAAAGAUUGAAUAUGCUGAGCAGUGCUUGACUACGCUAAAAUUAGAGUUGAAGGCUGCCAAAUCAAAGGUAGAUAGUUAUGAUGCUGAAACAUCAUCAAUGAAGCUGGAAAUCAAACAGCUAAGUGAAAAACUAGAAAUUGCCAAUGCUAGGUCCCACUCAUUUGAGAGAGAGAAAAAGAUGUUGGAGCAGGAGAAGAUCCAUUUGGAGCAAAAAUAUUUAUCUGAGAGCAAGAGGUUUGAGGAAGUCCAGGAGAGGUGUAAAAUUGCUGAAAGAGAAGCUGCCAGGGCAACAGAUAUUGCUGAUAAAGCACGAGCUCAAUCAGAUGCCGCUCAGAAGGAGAAGAGUGAGAUGCAGAGGUUGGCAAUGGAAAGAUUGGCACAAAUUGAGAGGUCUGAAAGGCAUAUAGAGAGUUUACAAAGAGAGAAAAUCGACUUGGCAGAUGCAUUAGAAAGAAUUCGUGUAUCUGAGAUGGAAGCUCAUUCAAAAAUUGCUUUACUGGAAGGAAGAGUUGAAGAAAGGGAGAGAGAAAUAGAGUCACUGUUGAAAUCUAAUAAUGAACAGAGGGCUAGUACAGUUCAAGCCCUUCAAAAUCUUCUGGACAGCGAACGGGCUGCACAUGCAGACGCAAACAGCAGGGCAGAAGCCCUCUCACUUCAGCUACAAGCUGCGCAGGCAAAACUUGAUUUGCUACAGCAAGAAUUGACUUCUGUUCGCCUAAAUGAAACAGCUUUGGAUAGUAAGCUCAAGACUACUUCACAUGGGAAGCGUGUAAGGGCGGUGGACGACUAUGAGAUGGGUUUUGAAUCUGUUCAAGACAUGGACACAAGUGACAGAGUUGCAAGAGUAAAUAAGCGGUCCAGAAGCACGACAAGCCCUCUAAAGUUGCAGCCAGAGGAUGGAGGCUCGAUAUUCAGGGGAGACGAGGAUAACAACCAUAGUCAGCAAACCAACCAGGAGGAUUACACAAAGUUCACCAUCCAGAAACUUAAGCAAGAACUCACUAAACAUAACUUUGGAGCUGAGCUACUUCAGUUGAGAAAUCCCAACAAAAAGGAGAUUCUUGCUCUGUAUGAGAAAUGUAUCCUCCAGAAGUCAUGACCUCUAAGGCGGCAGUUACACCGGUGUAAUUUUCUGGGAGUCAACAUGGUAGACCAACUUAGGACGUAAAUGGCUUAGUUUAAAGUGUUCAUUAUGAGAAGUACCAUUUUCAGUUGUGCAAAAACUUUCAGCUUUUUGUUUGUGUUUUUCCGUUUUUUAAGUUAUCUUGGUUUAACUAGCAAAGGGUUGAGAAGAACUACUGCUUGUUACUACUGACUUUAGAUCUUUAUAGGUAGCAUUAAGCAGUCCUUUUGCUUGUAAUGUAGUUUCUUUUCUUCUAGUGGUUUUAUGGGUCUUCGUGUGUAAAGUUUCUGAGAUGUUCUUUCUCUUCCAACAAUGCGAAUCAUUUGAUGGUUAGGACCUAGAGGGUUGUGAGGAAACAAUUGAGUAUUGUAUGCGAAUCAAAAAUUUGGACCGAGGGUUUUCAUUA